GUCCGUGACGGCUGUUCCGGGAAACCCCGUGCAAUCGUCUCCGCCAUCUUGGAGUAAGGGGAAGAAACCCCGAGUAGCCAGGGGAACCGCACUGAGAGCAGAAAGGGGGGAGCCAGAGAGCGGCUUCCGGAGAGUGACAGGAAUAGUCUGACACACACACAGGGAGCCGGCAGCACGGAAGGGAGGGGCUGUCACACCGAUCCCGCCCAGGCGUCAUCACAGUCCGACACCGCUCCAAGACAGCUUCUCAUUUGGCGUUUGUGAAUAUUCGUCCAGUUCCACGUCCCUUACAAGCGCCACCAUGGCAACCGCACCUUACAAUUACUCUUACAUCUUUAAAUACAUCAUCAUCGGUGACAUGGGAGUAGGAAAGUCCUGCCUGCUGCACCAGUUUACAGAAAAGAAAUUUAUGGCAGACUGCCCUCAUACGAUUGGCGUUGAAUUUGGCACCCGAAUCAUCGAAGUUAGCGGCCAGAAAAUCAAACUGCAGAUCUGGGACACAGCAGGGCAGGAGAGGUUUCGGGCCGUCACACGGAGCUAUUACAGAGGCGCUGCUGGAGCACUUAUGGUCUAUGACAUCACUAGGAGAAGUACAUACAACCAUUUAAGCAGUUGGCUGACAGAUGCACGGAACCUCACCAACCCAAAUACUGUCAUCAUCCUUAUAGGAAACAAAGCAGAUCUCGAAGCUCAGAGGGAUGUUACCUACGAGGAAGCAAAGCAGUUUGCUGAAGAGAAUGGUCUUCUGUUCCUUGAAGCAAGUGCAAAAACAGGUGAGAAUGUGGAAGAUGCAUUCCUGGAGGCAGCCAAAAAGAUCUACCAAAACAUCCAAGAUGGAAGCCUAGAUCUGAACGCCGCCGAAUCUGGCGUACAACACAAACCAUCUGCUCCCCAAGGCGGCCGACUAACCAGCGAGCCCCAACCCCAGAGAGAAGGCUGCGGCUGUUAGUGACGUCCCGGGAAAGAGCUUGUUUCUUGACCUUUCCCACUCUGUCUGUACGAAGCAGUAUUUUCUACUGCCCCAUUAUCUUCUGUACAUUCUAUUGGUUUAAAUUAAAGUUGGGAGGGGCUCUGCUAAGAAGACCGUUUAACAAGAUACUAAACUGCUAAAUAACUUUAGAUGUAUUCAGUUUAUCCCACGCAAGUCAAGUAAUAAAACACACACAGAAAAAAAAAACAAAAAAAAAACCCUUUCCUGCAUGGUAAAAUCUAGAACUUUUUUUUUCUUCUUCAUCGUAUUUGUGAUGUUCCGCAAUCUCCAUGAUUUUAACAUAGCACUGAUGCUGGACUUAUCUGAUUUGUCGUCAGGCUGUCUCCACCUCUCUUGUAAGUAAGCCUUUCCCUCCGUGAGUCGUCAUGCUCUGUCACAGUAAGGCCUAGGUUUAUCUGCUGUCAAUAAGUUCAAUUUGGGGCGGGGGGAUCCCCAGCUGCAACAUGUCUCCCGCUGACCUUGCCGGGAAUUGUGUCUCUGCGCAAUUCCUGUUGAUUUCAGUAUGGGGCACCACUAUAUAGGCGCCAUCAGCCUUGUUAUUCAGCGGGAGGGUGGGGAUACAACAACUUCUGUCUUAAUCUUUUCAUAGAAUAUAUAUAUCUUUUUUUUUUUUUUUUUUUUUCUUUAUCCUGUGUUUUUAUCUUGGGACUUUAACACAUACAUAUGUAAAGAAGGAGCAGCACUAAUACUGACGUACAUCCUGUGUAUAUGAUUUUAAUGAAGCCAAUAAAACGGAUACUGGUAUUGGUAUACAAAGAGAAAUCACUUUGUACAGUAUGUUAGCCUCCCUUUUAGAUGGAACUUGCUGAAAGCGUGUCCCAUCAUUUGCACUCGUAAUCAUUGAGAGAUUGGGGUGGGGCAACGAGCAGUUUGCGAAUGAGCUUCCUGCCUUACGUUGUACAGAAGGAAAAGGCUGGGUUUGACUUUUGCACUUUUGUUUUCCUCUUUGUUUCUUUUAAUCUGUUUGGAAUAUGAGUCUGCUGCUUUUUGAAGGACAAGUAAAGCCUCUGUCUGUGGAAUGUGUCAAUUUCAUUGGCACCACUCCCCAGUUCCUCCGCUUGACUCCUAGCCUGGGCCAGGAUACUUCUCAUGUGGAGUGGGUCUCCGCCAUCUUUCUACAGCCUCCCAGGUACCCCACUGUCGUAAUGGGGGAAAAUGCAAAGUCUGACUAAGGCAGACAGGAUACAUGGAAAGAUGGCGGAAGCCGUCCAUUUAAGAAGGAUUCCCUGUGCCAAUUCUUUAAAACACAUAGUACCAUCUUUCCCAACCUCCCAGGUAUCCUCUGUGCCUUAGUCAUACUUAUGCUAGGGGAUACCUGGGAGGCUGGGGAAAGAUGGUGGUGAGUAAUAGUAGUUCCCUGGGUCCAUGCCAGGGUAAGAUGCCCCCUCACAACUUGGCAUCUCCCCCAGUUACAGAGGCUUCCCUUAUCCUUUAACUUCCAUCGUACAUUUUUAACACUACAAACGGGCAGGUUUUUUAAAGCACAGCAUCCAAUGUUUUCACUGUCCACCCCCUCCCUUGCUGUGGAAUAGUCAGACAGCUGUUCCUUUCAUGUGAUUACAUUAUUGGUUUCAUCCAUUUUUUUUUUUUUUUUUUUACUAAGAUGCAUCUAUGGGAAGAUAACGCACAACAUUUAACGGGCCCCCUCUCUCCCUUGUGCAUGGAUAGGAAGAGUCCCAGUUAGAAUGUUUCCUAUUGCCCCUGUCUGGGCAGCAAUGGGAAGGCUGCAGCAUGCUUGUGUGUAUGCCAAGAGAAUAUUGGACUCCAAAGGGUUAAACUGGAAGGAAACCACUAAUGCCUGGUUAUUCUGUGCAGAUCCAUCUAUUCACUAUUUCUAUUGGCUUGUUUAUAACAUGGGGCUCUCAUCAUAAGGGGUUCAUGCAUUUGGCCAUCUGAGGGCUUUGUCCAGGGACCACAGCUCAUCAACCCCCCCCCCCCCCCGAUGAUUUUAUUUUUCACCCCCCCCCCCCCCCCCCCCACAUACCUUCAGUUGCAGUCAGCCACCUGUUUAUAUCUGUGACUAAAGGGUUUUGUUUUGGACGGCUGUACUUUCCCUUGAUGUAACUAAAUGCUAUUAAUCGAAAUAUUUGUAAAUAAAGUACCUGUAUCUAGAUAAUUUA